UUUUAACCGACUUCAAAAAAAUCAUGUAUGUUUUUUUAUGUUUGUUGCCUCAUAACUUUCUUUAUUAAACAAUUUUGAUUUUUUUUUGUUUGAAAGAGUAUACCAGAUUGGUCCCAUUUCAUUUUCAUGAAAAUCGGUUAAGUUAUUUUGUGUUUAAAUCAAAAUGACGGGAAAUACGUUUUUGAAGUCGGUUCCAUUUUUAUGUUAUAAAGAUUAUUAAGUAUUUAACAUAUUUUAUCGUUGAAAUGAAUUUUUAUUAUAUAUUCUUUUUUGAGAAUACUAUACAUACUGAAAGGAGUAUUUUAUGUGAAAACAGUUAAACAAUGUUCUAUAAAAAAUUACUGACAUAAAUUUCAAAGAGAAGGUAAUAGUUUUCUGCGUGGAAAACUUUGAUGCAAUUCUACGUGAGGAUGCUAGUAGUGCCUCUUGGCGGAAUGAUCGCAAGCAAUUCCAACUCGCUCCCGCCGGCAAAUCCGAUAGGAAACGUCAUAAUCAUAUGAUAGGUGCGGCGCAUUGCGCCCACCUGUCGCCGCGCUUGCGUCCCGGGUGACGUCACCGCCGACCGCGCCCGAUCGCACCCGACCGGCGCCCGACCGACCGCCGGAGCUUCUCACCGCUCCGCCGCCAGCCCGCCGACGGCCGGACAAAAUUGAUCCGUCGAAACUCAACCGAGUUAACCGAAAUGACAAAAUAUCCCCCGCAACACCGCCGUGGCGAACUGCUACACCUCUAAACCCCGAAACUUUUCCAAAAAUUAUAUGCGCCGGGUGACUGAAUCAAUCCCAAAUGAAAACAACGUCCCGUGGCAUGUCUCGCUGGCUCCUUAUCUAGUUCUUAAUCCAAGAUAAAUAUUACAUCAAUCGGGGGUGUAGACGGCGGAGCGCGCAGGCGCGAGGGUCGGCGGCCCAGUCCCGCUCCGGCCGCGCCGCCCGCCGCACAUCGCUCCCGCGGGCCCCCGACCCGGCGGCGACUCGCCCGCUGCUCUAGGACUCCGUAAGUCGCAUCCAGCCGCCCGCCGCGGCCGAGAGCCGACCGCGCGCCGACCCGCCGCCGACCGCGCGCGCCGUGUCCACGUGCACCUUACGUUGCUCAACUAAGUCUUCCUAUUACAUAUGGCUAGUGGUCAGUGCUAAACGUUGUACAGUGAAUAUAAAUAAAACGAAUUAAAAAUGGCGUGGGGUUACUGGUCGGCGUCGUCCGUCAUGCCAGACCGUGGACGCAGUCCGCGCAGAGCUGGCACGUCCAACGUCCACUCGCACCCGAACCCGCCGACGGCUCGCGAAGUGAUGGAGACUCAUGACGAGAGCAUCAUACACACUGCGUCCACGUCCAGAGACAGUCGCGAUCACUCCGCGUCCCCGCAUUCGUCGUCGAACGGGGGUCACUCCCACCACCACGAAGUCAGACACGCGGUCCCCGCUAGCGCGCUAUUUGGAGAGAGUUACGGAGAGUUAUCCAGACGGCCGUCAUUGGAUUUGGGGUCAGUGCGCAGCGCUUUAGCCUCGUGUUCUGGGGGCGGGACGUUGAGCGCGGGGUCCACGUUGACCCGCGGGGGCACGCUCGCGGACUAUUUGCCCCCGACGCCGUGCCCCCACCACCACCGCGUGUACGUGGACCAUCACAAACACUACGAGCAGCCCAUACAGCCGGUGCAUGUGGGGGUGCCUCACCACUCGCACUCCCACGCCUCGAGCAGACACCACACAGACGACGAGGACGACCUCGAGCCGGCGUACGCUACAGGUAUGUUUAGGUUAACUUCAAAGAUCACUCUUGUGCGGACCACAGACCUGCAGUUUAGAACUGUAAAGUUUUUUUUCUAAUUUAAUUGAAAUUCGAUAAAACUAUGCAGUUAAAACUGAGGGUCUAUAGCCCGCAUUAUUUAUUUAAAGAAAGAUUUUUUGUUAUUGCGUGUAACGAAUAAAACAAAAACUACUA